AUGCAGAGAGCAUGGGGCCUCCACAGAGAGGCGAAGUUCAGAGAUCUGGGUGGUAAUGUUUUUGAGGUUCAGUUUGGCAGCGAAGGAGACUGGAAGCACGCCAUGUUUAAUGGCCCGUGGCAGUAUGAUUUCAAUGCCCUUAUUCUCAAGGAGUAUGAGGAGAAUGUUCGGCCAUCGGAGAUGGUGUUUGAUAAGAUUGAGGUUUGUGUCCAAGUCCGAGAUCUGCCACCAGGGAAGAGAACGAAGGCUUUUGGAGAGGCUCUUGGCAACUGGCUAGGAGAAGUGAUUAGGGUGGAUGUUGAUGAAGAGGGAAGAGCAAGAGGACAACACCUGAGGGUUAGAGCCAAAAUUUCGGUCUAUGAGCCUUUGGUCAGAGGUUUCUAUCUGAAAUCCUCACUGGAAGAUAAGCAGGGACAGUGGUUUGACUUUCAUUAUGAGAAGAUGCCUCAUUUUUGUUUUGAGUGCGGACGGUUAGUUCAUGUGAAUGGAAUUUGUGAGCCACCAGUUGAAUCUACAGAUCAGUGGGGUGGGUGGCUCAGGGCGUCCCCUGGAAGAGGCAACCCGACGAAGGAAGGCUCUCUAGGAGCUGCUGCAGGCUCUAGCAACAGCUUUGCAAGCGGUAGAAGUGGAGACAGCGAAAAUCGCCGAACUGGACAGCCAGUAGUUCGGGAGGUUCCAACUAAAAGAAAUCUAAAUGCCCAGUUUGCGCGUUCGGCUGACUCGCGCACUGGCGCCGAGUACAGACCGAGGGGAGAGUAA